UUUUAUAUUUAAACUAUUUCGCACCGCCGCUUGUUCAAGCAAAAAAUAUAUACUUACAAAGCACCUGGCAAUCCAUCCACUCGUCUUUCAAUCAAAACAUUUUUAGAGUGGCAAAAGAUGCUCCAUGCCAGGAUCGAACUGGCGACAUCCGCUGCAGACGACACAAUUGCGCUCCCCGCUCUUGGGUGCCUGGAGCUACGCAUGCAUCCGCAGCGGGGCCGAGGCGUGUUUACCCGGAAGGCAAUCAGCAGCGGCACCCUGGUCAACAUUUCACCAGUGCUGGUGUUUGGCCGCACUGAGUACGCGGACCAUGGCAGACACACGCAGCUGGACCACUACACGUACUGCUGGAAGGACAGUGGCUAUGCGCUGGCACUGGGCCUUGGGAGUAUGUUCAACCACGAAGCGUUUGGCCACGAAAAUGUCGGUUUCACUCGCGACAUGAGUCGGUCGCUCAUCAGGUACACUGCGCUGCGGGACAUUGGUGCAGGCGAGGAGCUGUGCAUCUGCUACGGUCCAAACGUGUGGUUUGACGCUGUUUCUGAGGUACAGGCGGGGAGCAGCGAUGGUCACAGCGGCGCACAGGAGCAGUCGGCUGACGAGUUCAUGCACGGCUUUGAUCUCGAAUGA